GUUUUUCCUUUUGUUUAACCUCUGCCUUGGUAAGUGGUAGAACCUAAGUAGCUCAGGCAAGGAAGAGCAUGAGAUAACAAAUAACAAGGGAUCGAUCAAUCAAUCAAUCACCAACUCCAUUCUCAUUUUUCUUAAUAAUUUAAAUUAAUACCUGAACCCUAAAAACCUGGAGAAAUUUGCACAACAAAAAUGGCGGUUACUCAGGAAGAAUCAUCUUCUUCAUCGUCUUCUGCCGCAAAUUCUCAAUUGAAGACUUCUAAUGGUGUUCACUACCUUGCUAAAUGUGUUCUUCCUAGUUCCGUUGUUCUCCAAGUCGUUCAUGGCCACAUUCGAUCACCUACCUCAAACGACGUCGUUUUUGGCAAGGAGACAUCUAUUGAAAUGGUAGCUAUUAGUGAGGAUGGUGUAGUGCAAUCUAUCUGCGAGCAGCCAGUAUUUGGUGUGAUAAAAGAUAUUGCUAUUUUGCCCUGGAAUAAAAAUUUUCGUGCUCAAAAUUCACAGGUGCUAGGCAAGGACCUCCUGGUUAUUGUUUCUGAUUCUGGAAAGCUCUCCUUUCUCACAUUUUGCAAUGAAAUGCACAGGUUCUUUCCAGUGACUCAUGUUCAACUUUCUAAUCCUGGCAACUCAAGACAUCAAAUUGGUAGAAUGCUUGCCGUUGAUUCCCUUGGGCGUUACAUUGCUGUCAGUGCAUAUGAAGAACGUGUGGCUCUUUUUUCUGUUUCAGCAUCCAGUGACAUUGAUAUGAUUGAUAAGCGAAUAACUUAUCCUCCUGAACCCGAGGAUGAUUUAGCUGACAUGGAACUUCAGAAAUCAGGCCAAUCUGUCUUAGUUAAUUCACUGCCUGCAAAGCAGAUAGGCACGGACCCUGCCACAUCAUCUCAUUAUCCAGUUCCUCGUAUGCAUGGAACUAUAUGGAGCAUGUGCUUCAUCUCAAAGCAUUUAAACCAAUUUUCAAACGAAGACAAUCCUGUGCUAGCUAUUCUUGCCAGCAGACAGAUAUCAUGCCUAAAUGAGCUGCUUCUGUUGGAAUGGGAUGUCAGAGAGAAUGCUGUCCGCGUUCUUUCUAGUUUUGUGGAAGAUGGUCCUUUAGCCUAUGCAAUUACAGAAGUUCACGGAUCUCAAGGGCUCGCAUUGUUAUUCAGGGUUGGAGAUAUCCUACUUUUGGAUCUCAGUGAUGCUUCUAACCCUUUGUGUGUGCAAAGAACAAAUCUAAGCUCUUCAAUAUCUAUUAGUGAGGAGAAGAAUUGCGUCGAAGACUCUUUCAGGAUGCAGGAUGGUGAUGAUGAAGGCUUCAUUGCUGCUCGUGCUCUGCUAGAGUUGCAGGACUAUGGUAUGGAUUUUAAUAAGGGUAGUGAUCCUAUGAGCAUUGAUGCUGGUCUGUGCAGUGCUAAAUCUGCGGCUAAGUUUGUGUGCUCAUGGAGUUGGGAACCCGCAACGGAUAAAAAUCCAACAAUAAUAUUUUCUGUGGACACGGGGGAGUAUUUUUCGAUUGAAAUUAGUUGUGGCCCUGAUGGUCCCAAGAUCAAUAUGUCUGAUUGUCUUUAUAAUGCCCUUCCCAGUAAAGCGUUAUUGUGGACCAAAAAUGGCUUUUUGGCUGCAAUUGUAGAGAUGGGGGAUGGCAUGGUCCUAAGAGUGGUAGAUGGAAGGCUCUAUUAUUCAAGUCCAAUUCAAUAUAUUGCACCAAUCUUAGACAUGUCAGUUAUUGAUUACCACGAUGAAAAGCAUGAUCAAAUGUUUGCUUGCUGUGGAGUGGCUCCUGAAGGAUCACUUAGGAUAAUCAGAAAUGGAAUAAGCCUGGAAAGACUAGUAAGGACUGCUCCUAUCUAUCAAGGAAUAACUGCUAUUUGGACUGUUAAGAUGAGCACAGGAGAUUCUAAUCAUUCUUUUCUUGUGCUUUCUUUUGUUGAAGAAACCAGGGUUUUGUCUGUUGGAGUAAGCUUUGCUGAUGUGACAGAUUCAGUUGGUUUUCUACCUGAUGUAUGUACAUUAGCGUGCGGUCUUGUGGUGGAUGGUGUGUUAGUUCAGAUUGAUCAGAGCUCUGUGAGACUUUGCUUGCCUACUUCAGUUGCUCAUCCCAACGGUGCUCCAAUGUCUUCCGCGCCAUGUACUUCAUGGUCUCCUGAUGACAUUGGGAUUAGCUUAGGUGCUGUUGGGCAAAACAUGAUCAUUGUGGCUACUGCAAAUCCUUGCUUUCUGAUAAUUCUUGGUGCUAGAUCGUUAUCUUUGUAUGAAUAUGAAAUAUAUGAGAUGCAACAUGUGAGGCUUUACAGUGAAUUGUCUUGCAUAUCUAUUCCUCAUAUGAAUAAUGUAGGAAAAGACUCGGCCACUUAUCCUGUCGGUUUUGAUAGUGGUAAUAUAUUUGUGAUUGGUACACACAAGCCAUCAGUGGAAAUUCUAUCUUAUGUACAUGGUCAAGGGAUACGAGUUCUUGCUACUGGGAUGAUAUCACUGACAAAUACAUCCGGUGUAUCUAUCAGUGGCUGUAUACCGCAGGAUGUAAGGCUUGUGGUGGUUGAUAGGUUAUAUAUUCUCUCUGGAUUAAGAAAUGGAAUGCUGUUACGUUUUGAGUGGCCUAUGACAUCAUGGGUUUCCGACCUACCUGGUUAUAGGUCAUCUUUGAUUUCAAAAUCUGGUUUGUUAAAGACAUCAUCUCCAGUAACGAUUAGUCCUCAAUUUAGUGGUGUCAGCCCUUAUGAAAAGCCAAAAGACAAUGACCCUGUUCAUCUCCAACUAAUUGCCGUUCGACGGAUUGGUAUCACUCCUGUGUUUCUUGUUCCACUUUGCGAGUCAUUGACUGCAGAUGUUAUUGCUCUCAGUGACAGGCCUUGGUUAGUCCAGGCUGCGAGGCACAGCCUCUCAUAUGAUUCAAUCUCAUUUGAACCUUCAACUUAUGUGACUCCAGUAUGUUCAGCUGAAUGUCCAAAGGGUCUUCUAUUUGUAGCAGAGAACUGCUUACACCUAGUGGAGAUGGUGCACAGUAAGAGGCUUAAUGUUCAAAAGUUUCAUCUUGGUGGAACUCCACGAAAGGUUCUUUAUCAUAGUGAUAGCAGGUUACUGUUGGUUUUGAGGACUGAUCUGGAUAAAGAUUUAUUUUCGUCUGAUAUAUGUUGUGUGGACCCCCUCAGUGGUUCGGUGGUGUCUUCAUUUCAUUUUGACCUGGGGGAAACUGGAAAAUGCAUGGAGUUUGUGCGGGUUGGGAAUGAACAGAUAUUGUUGGUUGGAACCAGCUUGUCUGUAGGGCCAGCUAUAAUGCCUAAUGGAGAAGCUGAAAGUACAAAAGGCCGUUUAAUUAUGCUCCGCCUUGACUUGCAUAAUUCAGAUAGUGGGUCAAUGACAACGUGCUUGAAAGCGAGUUCAUCUAUGCAGCGAUUUUCAUCUUUUUGUGAAGCUACUGGGUGCAGUGCUGAAAGAAUGUCUGAUUGUAGCAGCAACCCGGAUGAUAAUAGUUGUGAUGAUAUAAAGCUUGAUGAUUCUGAAGCUUGGCAGUUGCAAUUUCUUCAUGCAUUAACUUGGCCUGGAGUAGUGCUUGCAAUUUGUCCGUACCUUGAUAAUUACUUCUUGGCAUCUUCUGGCAAUGCUUUCUAUGUAUGCGGCUUUCAAAAUGAUAAUCCUAAGAGAAUAAAAAGGCAUGCUGUUGAAAGAACGCGGUUUAUGAUUGUCUCAUUGACAACUUACUUUACUAGAAUUGCUGUUGGUGAUUGCCGUGAUGGCGUGCUUUUCUAUUCCUAUCAUGAGGAUGUAAAAAAGCUGGAGCAGAUCUAUUGUGAUCCUAGUCAGCGAUUAGUUGCUGAUUGCCUGCUUACAAAUCUUGACACAGUCUUUGUUUCUGAUCGUAAAGGAAAUAUUGCAGUACUGACAUCCUCAACCCAUUUGGAAGAUAAUCCAAGUCCCGAGUGCAACCUUACAGUGUGUUGCUCAUAUUUUAUAGGCGAAAUUGCAAUGAGCAUCAGGAAGGGAUCAUUCUCUUAUAAACUGACUGCUGAGGAUGGAUUUGAAGGCUGUGAUAGUGGCAAUAAUGUUGUUGAUAUGUCACGCAAUGGUAUUAUGACUGGGACUCUACUUGGAAGCAUUGUUAUUUUUAUUCCUAUCUCCAGGGAGGAUUAUGAGCUGUUGAAACCUGUACAAGCUAAACUUGCAGUUCAUCCACUGACUGCUCCUAUUCUUGGAAACAAUCAUAGUGAUUUUCGUAGUCGUGAAAAUCAGCAGGCUGUGGUGCCUACAAUUCUCGAUGGAGAUAUGUUGGCCCAGUUUUUGGAGCUUACAAGCAUCCAACAAGAAGCAGUGUUAGGAUUACCUUGUGCUACAACUGAAAUGUCAUCAACUUCUAGGUCACACCAUUCGACCGUUUCAGUCAGCCAGGUGGUGCAACUCCUUGAACGUAUUCACUACAUACUGAAUUGAACAAAUUCUGAGGGCUGGUUGGAGCAUCUGCCUGCUGCAUUGGUCGGGCUUCUUAUUCUAUUUGUGUAUGUCAUGGAGUGCAGAUCAAUUCAAGGCCAUUGUGUUUGUGGCAUAUAUCAUUGGGCGUAGUUUUGUUGCCAUCUUUCCGGGGUUGUUAUAAAAGUGACAUUAGGAGACCCGAGCUCUGGUUCAAUGUUUGAUACGCAGAAUCCAUGAUCAGCAAAGGGUUUUUGGGCAGGCUUUUGAUGGAGUACCAAAUUUACCCACACGGUGUAUCAUAUCAUGCUGAAAUCCAUGUACAGAAUCAACGUAUAAAGAUAAGAAUCUUUCCUGCUUCUGAUUCAUAUAUUGGUUUCAUUUCCUUUAUUUUCACUAAUUAUGUCUUUUGAUGUUUCUUGCAUGAAUUUCUACUUCUAUGAAUAAAACACCCCGAUGCAAACAUCAAAAGUUAUUGAGUACAUAUAAUUAGUUAGAC